AUGUCAACACCAACACCCCAUCCCCAGCAUGGUGUUCCAUGUGGUACCAGUACCCCACGCCCAGGUCUUCGCAACACCCCUGCCCCAGGCGUCUCUUUUUACACUCCACUCCAAUUUCCUCCCUCUGGCACAGCCCUCUCCCCCAAUCCACCCAAACUCUUCACCCCCCUCAAAAUCCGCUCUCUCAAUCUCCAAAACCGCAUCAUGCUCUCCCCAAUGUGUCAAUACUCCGCUUCUAACGGUCAUUUCACACCCUGGCACAUGGCCCAUCUCGGGGGUAUAAUUUCUCGAGGCCCCGGUCUCUCAAUGGUAGAAGCUACUGCCGUAUUACCCGAAGGACGUAUCACACCCGAAGAUAGUGGUCUUUGGCAAGACUCUCAGGGCGAGAAAUUAAAAGAAAUCGUCGACUUUGCGCAUUCCCAAGGUCAGAAAAUAGGCAUUCAAUUAGGACAUGCGGGUAGAAAAGCCAGUAUGGUAGCACCCUGGCUCGAUCGCGCUGCAAUCGCUACUCCAGAAGCAGGUGGAUGGCCCAACAAUGUUAAAGGACCAAGUGCGAUUCCGUUUGAUGGAAAUCAUUGUGUGCCCACGGCAAUGACUUUGGAGGACAUCCAAACAUUUAAAACCGCAUGGGUAGCAGCUCUUGAAAGAGCAUUGAAGGCUGGUUUCGACGUCAUCGAAAUUCAUAAUGCGCAUGGAUAUCUUCUCCAUGAAUUUUGCUCUCCGGUUUCUAAUAAGCGAACAGAUCAAUAUGGAGGUAGUUUCGAGAAUAGAAUUCGUUUAACCCUCGAAAUUGUCGAACUUACCCGUCAGAAUAUCCCGGAUACAAUGCCGCUUUUCUUGAGGAUUAGUGCGACGGAUUGGUUAGAUUAUGAGGGAUUUGAGGAAGACAGCUGGAAAGUAGCAGAUUCAGCACGUUUGGCGCAGAUUUUGGCGGAUAAGGGAAUCGAUCUUAUGGAUGUUAGUUCGGGGGCUAAUCACCCUGCGCAGAAGAUUACAGCGGGUCCUGGAUAUCAGGCUCCUUUUGCGAAGGAGAUUAAGAGGGCGGUGGGGGAUAGGAUGUUGGUUGGUGCGGUGGGGAUUAUUGCUAGUGGGAAACAGGCGGAGGCACUUUUGACGGGGAAAGGUGGGGAGACAGGGGUUUCCGGGGAAGAGGAGAAGGGAGAGACGGAAUUGGAUUUGGCGAUUGUAGCCAGGGGAUUCCAGAAAAAUCCGGGAUUGGUUUGGGAGUGGGCGGAGGAACUUGAUGUUAAGAUUAUGAUUGCGCAUCAGAUGAGGUGGGGAUUUAGGGGUAAGGGUGGAGGGCAUUAG